CCCUGGACAGGGUCGUGCCUGACCUACCUGACUCCUUCCUUCCUCCCUCCCUCCUUCCAGUUCCUCCUCGCAAUUGCAAUUGCUAUUGCUAUUGCUAUUGCUAUUGCUCUUGCUAUUGCUCUUGCUCUUGCUCUUGCUCUUGCUCCCACCCCCACCCGCAAGGCCGCAACCGCAAACCAGAGCCGCCGAUCCACCAUGCUCCUCCUCUAACCGCCCGCCCCUCCACCGGCACCGUACCCACCGCGCGCACCAACAAAUUAAUUAACGAUGAAGCUCGCCGUCGAGAUCUCCGACGCCGCCGACCUCUCCCCCAAGGACGGCGCCGCCUCCUGCAACCCCUACGUCGAGGUCGACUUCGACGGCCAGCGCCAGCGCACCGCCACCAAGCCCGCCGACCGCAACCCCUACUGGAACCAGACCCUCGUCUUCGACGUGCGCGACCCCGCCAGGUUCCCCUCCCUCGCCAUCGACGUCUCCGUGCUCCACGACCGCCGCCUCCUCCAGGACGCCGCUUCUUCCCUCCGACCGCACACCUUCCUCGGCCGCGUCCGCAUAAACGCCGCCUCCGUCGCGCAAUCCCCGCAGGAGGCGCUCCUCCAGAGGUACCCGCUCGAGAAGCGGGGGCUCUUCUCGCGCGUCUCAGGAGACAUAGCGCUAAGGAUCUACCUACUAACCCAAAAUGGAGAUGGAGAUGCCAACAAUUCCAACAAUGCUGCUGCUGCUUCCAUGGACGGCCAGCAGCAGCAGCAGGAGCCCGUCGCCUUCGCACCACCAGAUGGGAAUGGGAAGAGCGGCGGCGGCAGCCACGACCACCAGGACGAGCCGCGCAUCUUCCGCUCCGUGCCUGCAGCAGCAGAAUCAGCAGCACCAGCAGCAACAACAGCAGGCGACCAACGCCGCCGCGCCACGCUCCACGCCGUCGCCGCGCCGCCCCCGCCGCCCGGCCAGACGGUCGUCAUGCCGCGCCCCCCCGCCGCCGCCGCCGCGCCCCCGCCGCCCGGCGCCGCCUACGGCCUGGUCGAGACCAAGCCGCCGCUGCCCGCCAAGAUGGGCCCGCGCGCCGCCGCCGCCGCCGCCGCCAAGAUCGCCUCCACCUACGACAUGGUGGAGCCCAUGACGUACCUGUACGUGAGCGUCGUCAAGGCGCGCGACCUGCCGACCAUGGACGUGACCGGCGCGCUCGACCCCUUCGUGGAGGUGAAGCUCGGCAACUUCAAGGGCGUCACCAAGCACCUGGAGAAGAACCCCAACCCGGUGUGGCGCCAGAUCUUCGCCUUCUCCAGCGAGCACCUGCAGUCCAACCAGCUGGAGGUGGUGGUCAAGGACAAGGACAUGAUCAAGGACGACUUCGUCGGCCGCGUGCUCUUCGACAUGACCGACGUGCCCGCGCGCGUGCCGCCCGACAGCCCGCUGGCGCCCCAGUGGUACCGGCUGGCCGACCGCUCCGGCGAGAAGCUGCGGCACGGGGAGAUCAUGCUGGCCGUGUGGAAGGGCACGCAGGCGGACGAGGCGUUCCCGGAGGCGUGGCACUCGGACGCGCACUCGCUGCCCCUCGAGGGCCUGGCCAGCACGCGCUCCAAGGUGUACUACUCUCCCAAGCUGGCCUACCUCAAGGUGGUGGCCAUCGCGGCGCAGGACGUGGUGCCCGCGGAGAAGGGGCGGGCGCUGGCGCCCACCAUCGCCAAGAUCCAGCUGGGCGGGCAGGUGCGGCGGACGCGGCCAGGCCAGCCGGGGGGGUCGGCGAACCCGGUGUGGAACGAGGAGUUCAUGUUCGUGGCGGCGGAGCCCUUCGACGAGCCGCUGGUGGUGACGGUGGAGGAGCGGGUGGCGGCGGGGCGGGACGAGCCGGUGGGGCGCGUGAUCGUGCCGGUGGCGGCGCCGUACGUGCCGCGGAACGACCUGGCCAAGGCGGUGGACUCCAAGUGGUUCAACCUGUCGCGGGCGCUGACGGCGGACGAGGCGGCGGCGGGGAAGAAGGACUCGAAGCACUUCUCGAGCAAGAUCCACCUGCGGCUGAGCCUGGAGACGGCGUACCACGUGCUGGACGAGUCGACGCACUACGCGAGCGACCUGCAGCCGUCGGCCAAGAAGCUGCGCAAGGGCGCGGUGGGCAUCCUGGAGCUGGGCGUGCUGAGCGCGCGCAACCUCAGCAAGGCCAACACCUACUGCGUGGCCAAGUACGGCGCCAAGUGGGUGCGCACGCGCACGGCGCUCAACACGCUGGCGCCGCGGUGGAACGAGCAGUACACCUGGGAGGUGUUCGACCCGUGCACGGUGCUCACGGUGGCGGUCUUCGACAACACCUACUGCCUCGGCGGCGAGGCCGCCAGCAAGCCGGACCAGCGGGUCGGCAAGGUCCGCGUCCGCCUCUCCACCCUCGAGAUCGACCGCGUCUACACCCACUUGUACCCGCUCAUGGCCCUCUCCCCGUCGGGGCUCAAGAAGACCGGCGAGCUCCACCUGGCGGUGCGCUUCACCUGCACGGCGUGGGCCAACAUGCUGGGCAUGUACGGGCGGCCGCUGCUGCCCAAGAUGCACUACACCCACCCCAUCUCCGUGCUGCAGCUGGACUACCUGCGCUUCCAGGCCAUGCAGAUGGUGGCGGCGCGGCUGGGGCGCGCCGAGCCGCCGCUGCGGCGCGAGGUGGUGGAGUACAUGCUGGACGUGGACUCGCACAUGUUCAGCCUGCGGCGCAGCAAGGCCAACUUCUACCGCGUCACCUCCCUCUUCUCCGGCGCCGUGGCCGUGGCCCGCUGGAUGGACGGCAUCUGCAAGUGGAAGAACCCGCUGACGACGGUGCUGGUGCACGUGCUCUUCCUCAUCCUGGUGUGCUACCCGGAGCUCAUCCUGCCCACCGUCUUCCUCUACCUCUUCAUGAUCGGCGCCUGGAACUACCGCCGCCGCCCGCGCAAGCCGCCGCACAUGGACACGGUGCUCUCGCACGCCGAGCUCGCGCACCCGGACGAGCUGGACGAGGAGUUCGACACCUUCCCCACCAGCAAGCCGGGGGAUGUGGUGCGGAUGCGCUACGACCGGCUGCGCAGCGUGGCGGGCCGCGUGCAGACGGUGGUGGGGGACCUGGCCACGCAGGGCGAGCGGGCGCAGUCGCUGCUCAGCUGGCGGGACCCGCGGGCCACGGCCAUCUUCGUCAUGCUCUCGCUGCUCGCCGCGGUGGUGCUCUACGUCACGCCCUUCCAGGUGGUGGCCGUCGUCGCGGGGCUCUACCUGCUGCGCCACCCGCGGUUCCGGAGCAAGCAGCCGUCGGUGCCCUUCAACUUCUACAAGAGGCUGCCGGCAAAGACAGACAUGCUGCUCUAGCAAGCUAGCUUCAUUCAGGCAUUCAGUAGUAGUAAAAUAAAAUAACCACCAUCAGACACUGAGACACAGCACAAGAUUGCAAGUAGUACUAUUUAUUUUGUCCGUCGUCCUUUGCAUUCUUAAAAUAACUGUGUCAGAUCAGCAUCGAAGCUUCGACACUGGCAGCAGCAGAUGAAAGCAAUCAUGCACUCUAUUACCAGCGGCUGGUGCAGCGGCAGGUGAAGGAAAAGCCAGUCAGCAUGGAACAGACGAGAGCCACUACCUAGCACUACUAGUGCUGCGGUACUGGACUACCGGGUUUAUAGUGUGGGAACUAAACAGAGCCUUAUUAGUAGCUUCUUUUCUCUCUCCCGGUCCGAUCUUAUCGUGUCCCUCCCUCCCUAUGAUGCAUGAUGGGAUGAUAUGCAUAUAUAAAGAUGCAUGCAUGAGAGAGAUAUCAA